ACCCCUUUAGCUGUCAAAACAAGAGAAAAAUCGGAAAAAAUCUUCCCAACGCCAAACCAAAAGUUUAUUGAUUUCACGAAAAUAUCGUAAAAUCCCUUCAAUUUGUGCAUAAAAUCGUCAAAAUCCGUCGCAUUGUGAGUGAUUGCUUCGCGUCGACCCGUAGUCAUGAGUGGCAAUCGUGGAAAUUUCAGUUUUUCGAUGCGCCGUCCGGGGCAGCUUUCGGGAGCGCUUCGUCCCGGGCAACAACAAGCGCAGCAGCAGAAAAGUUUCUCACUAAAUGCCGUUCCGCCACCCAGUUCCCUGACCGGCCGUGGCCACGGGCAUCCCCCACCGAAAUUCCACCAUCAGCAUCAACAGCAAGCGGCCAGUGGGGUUUCCAAGCACGGCUAUCACACCAUGGAUGCGAUCGCGGCCUACGCCAAUCCGGCUUCCCAAUAUUCACUCGGCAAGAGGCGUGGGAAAACCGAGGAUGACUAUUUCGACGACGACGAUGAAUCGGGACAGCAGUUGGAUUAUAUCCCGGCGCCGGGUUCACCCUCGGCCAGCGGAUCGCAAGCUAAAUCGGAUGACGAAGAUGACGAGGAUGAUCCGUUGGAUGCAUUUAUGGCCGGCAUCAAUGCCCAGGUGGAACGUGAGAAGAAGAAAAUCCCUCAGCCGAACGUUGACCCCAAGAAGGGGACCCGUGGUGACAUUGACGACGUGGACGACGAGGAAAGCUACUACCGUUACAUGGAGGAAAACCCCAUGGCCGGUUUACACGAUGACGGUUCCGAUGCAGAACUGGAGUACGACGAAGACGGCAACCCCAUUCCGCCGCCGAGGAAGCGCGAGAUUGAUCCGCUGCCACCGAUUGACCACUCCGAGAUCGACUACGACAAGUUUGAGAAAAACUUCUACAACCCGCACGAGGACAUAGUCGGGCUGAGCUUGUCGAAGAUCAACGAACUGCGGAACAAACUGGGCGUCAAGGUUAGUGGCCCGGCUCCGCCGGCACCGGUCACCAGUUUUGCCCAUUUUGGAUUUGAUGAACAGUUGAUGAAGGCUAUUCGAAAGUCAGAGUACACUCAACCGACACCGAUUCAGGCUCAAGGCGUACCGGCUGCGUUGAGUGGCCGUGAUAUUAUUGGUAUUGCCAAAACCGGUAGCGGAAAGACAGCGGCCUUUUUAUGGCCCAUGCUGGUUCACAUCAUGGACCAGAAGGAAUUGGGACCCGGCGAUGGACCGAUCGGGUUAAUCCUUGCACCGACGCGUGAAUUAUCGUUGCAGAUCUACCAAGAAGCUAAAAAGUUCGGCAAGAUCUAUAACAUAAGCGUUUGCUGCUGUUAUGGUGGUGGAUCCAAGUGGGAACAGAGCAAGGCACUGGAACAAGGUGCGGAGAUUGUGGUGGCCACUCCUGGUCGAAUGAUUGACAUGGUGAAGAUGAAGGCUACCAACUUGCAGCGUGUGACCUAUUUGGUAUUGGACGAAGCCGACAAAAUGUUCAAUUUGGGUUUUGAACCACAGGUUCGCUCGAUCUGCAAUCAUGUCCGCCCGGAUCGGCAGACGAUGCUUUUCAGCGCUACGUUCAAGAAGAGAAUCGAAAGGUUGGCCCGUGAUGUGCUGACCGAUCCAGUGAGAAUUAUGCAUGGAGAUUUAGGUGAAGCUAAUGAGGAUAUUACCCAGCAUGUGAUUGUGAUGAACAAUCCGGCGCACAAGUGGAACUGGCUUCUGGCAAAGAUGGUUGAGCUGCUAUCCGAGGGAACAGUAUUGAUUUUUGUUACCAAGAAGGCGGAUGCCGAACAGGUUGCCAACAAUCUCCGUCUGAAGGAAUACGAUCCAGUGUUGUUGCAUGGUGACAUGGAUCAAGCUGAUCGUAACAUAGUCAUCACCCGUUUCCGAAAACGUGAAGUUGAAAUCAUGGUGGCCACUGAUGUAGCAGCUCGUGGUCUCGAUAUUCCUCACAUUAAAAAUGUGAUCAACUACGACAUUGCUCGGGACAUCGAUACACAUACCCAUCGAGUGGGUAGAACGGGUCGUGCUGGCGAAAAGGGCACUGCCUAUACUUUGGUGGUGGAUAAGGAUAAAGAAUUUGCCGGACACUUGGUUCGUAACUUGGAGGGUGCGAACCAGGAGGUUCCCGAAGAGUUGAUGAAACUGGCAAUGCAGAGUGCUUGGUUCAGGAACUCACGUUUUAAGCAUAACAAUAAGGGUAAAAACCUAAAUGUUGGUGGAGCUGGACUAGGAUUCCGCUGUCGACCUGUUCCCAGUGGUCCAUUGAAGCCCUCGGAUGGACCAUCAUCUUCUUCGGCUGGUGGAAGUGGCUGGAAGGGACCGGUCACUGAUCGUUUAACCGCUAUGCGCGACACAUUCAAAGCCCAGUAUAAUGCACAAUUCAAGGCUUCCUCUGAUAGGACAUGGGAAAACACACUUCCCGAGGGAGGGGUCUUUGCAAAACCCAACCUCUCGGGUUUCGUUCCCGCGUCUAGUGGUGAAGCAGGCGAUCAACCCCAAAGAAAUGACGAACAUGAUCAAUCCUAUACCGGAGAGGAAGAUCGGCCCCGUAAGAAAAAAAGCAGAUGGAAUUAAUUUGCAUGCGGUACAGCAACGCCCCCAAAAUGCUUAAGGUUGUACGCGAUUGUGUCGUUGUGUGGUUUCUGUGUUUAGGUAUUGCUCCAUGGCAGUUCUAUAUGUGUCAAUUGUAGAUGGCCGAUACUCCCCGAAUCGAGCAAGUGUGGAAGGAUAGUGUAAAUUGUCUGCGAUUACUCCGCAUUAUGAGCAAAAUAAAGUCUUCACAACUAUUUCUGUCCAAA